UUCUCGGGACGGUGAAAUCGGGCCUGAAAAGCAUGGCUGAUGAGCAGGAAAUCAUGUGCAAGCUGGAGAGCAUCAAAGAGAUCAGGAACAAGACCAUGCAGAUGGAGAAGAUCAAGGCCCGGCUGAAGGCAGAGUUUGAAGCCCUAGAGUCGGAGGAACGGCAUCUGAAGGAGUAUAAGCAAGAGAUGGAUCUCUUGCUACAGGAAAAGAUGGCCCACGUGGAGGAACUUCGUCUGAUCCAUGCUGACAUUAACGUGAUGGAGAACACCAUCAAACAGUCAGAGAAUGACCUCAACAAGUUGCUGGAGUCUACACGGCGGCUACACGAUGAAUAUAAGCCCUUAAAGGAACAUGUGGAUGCUCUCCGCAUGACCCUGGGCCUGCAGAGGCUUCCAGACCUGUGUGAAGAAGAGGAGAAACUAUCCCUGGAUUACUUCGAGAAGCAGAAGGCGGAGUGGCAGACUGAGCCUCAGGAGCCACCCAUCCCUGAGUCCCUUGCUGCUGCUGCUGCUGCAGCCCAACAGCUACAAGUGGCUAGGAAACAAGACACCCGGCAGACGGCCACAUUCAGACAACAGCCCCCACCCAUGAAGGCCUGCCUGUCAUGUCAUCAGCAAAUUCACCGCAAUGCCCCCAUCUGCCCCCUGUGCAAAGCCAAGAGCCGCUCCCGGAACCCCAAGAAGCCAAAGCGGAAACAGGAUGAAUGA